AUGGCUGGAAGCUCUGAUUAUAGCGAUUUGCCUACUCAAAUCAGGCAGCAGCUGGCUUCGCAGCGUGUACACCAGUCUCUAUAUGAAAUUGAUGAGUUUGCUGAUCCGGUUGAAGCCGUGGCUGCUGCCUCUGGAUUGGAUGCGGUGGCUGAGCCAUUGGUGCCACAUGCGGUCUCCAGAUCUCCGGCUGGUGCUGGCUCCUAUCCGAGCACUUUCGAUACAGCUCGCUUUUCUACGGAGCCACUGGUUAAGGCCAAGGCCAAGCCCAGACCUUCUCAGGCUCCACAUGUGCAGUUGGCUGGUUCUCUACGAGGACAAAUCAAGGGCGCUUUCCGCAUUGUUCGCGUCCGUAAGGUCCCGCGAACUCAACCGAAAGGCCGAGCCCGGGGCUUUGCCUUCUUGUGGAGAGGAGGUAUGCAAUUGCGCAAGCCUGCCUCUAGCAGCACGGCCACUCAGACGGAUCCAGUGCCUCUCAGCCCUCUGCGACCAAUGGUGCAACGACAGUCCGUGGACCUCAAUGACCCUGAUCUAUCUGAUAACUCUGAUGCAUUGGGCUAUGACUGCAAUUCGAGCUCCGACUCUGAAAGGCUGUCUGCCAUUGCACGCAAUAUUGUCAGUCAAGAGUUCAAUCCCUCCGACAACGACUGA